AUCUGAUGGUCAAGGAUUAAAUGAGAAAUAUAAAAGCUUCGCACAAAAGCCACCAUGAAUGUAGAAGCGAAUUGACUCUUGUCAGUUCUUGAAAAUGUCUAUAUCAGUACCGGAUUGUAGGAAGUUUCCAGCUUUAGAAUUCACCACAACACCUCAAGACUGGCUCCAAAUCAGAAAAAGUGGAGAAGUUUGUAAAGACGAGUCGAAUGUGCAGUUUUUGCACAUGCCGAAGUCAAAAAAGGUCAGAAUUGACAUCAACAAAGAGCACCCAGAUGAUGAAAUUGAUGCUUGUGCCGAAAAUGAAGGACCAUGGAACUCAAAAUUGGACUCCUAUUUCUCAUCUCAAAAUGAAAGAUUUCAAGACGCAGAGUUUGUUUUUGACAGUGACUGGACUCUUACGGACGUGCUGAAGCUUCCUUUUAUGUUUGAUAGUGUAUCAGAACAUUUUCAAAAAAUUCGUUAUCGCAUUUCGAAAUCAAAUGGAAAAAUUUACAUACGAGGCUUUAUCAACGAAUCGACCAGUAGUGGAUAUGGGUAUCGCCCAGAGAGAAAAAUUAGUGACAAAUUACGGUUCAUGUACAGUUUUUUAUCUUCCUCUCGGGAUAUUGAACCAGACGUGAGCAGCCCUAUUAAAAACCAAGAAACUCGCACUUUGGUGACAUACUACAGCGCUUUGGGAGAACACAAAAUGUUUUAUCCUGCAUCCGUGGACGGAUUCGACAAAGACGUUGACUUGGAAAGCAUCAAGGGUGACACAAUUGCGCAGCUCAAGUUCUUCAGAAAAAAAGAUGGAAGUUAUGUUGGCUGGCGUUCAUCUCUUAAUUAUUGGGCAAAAUUAAUGGUCGCUCAAGGAAAACUGAUAGCUGGAUACUACAACAUUCAGUUGAAUGAUGGAAUAGUGAAAAGUUGGAAAAUACUCGACGCAGAACAAUUGUACAAAAAUGUUGAGAGCUCAUGGGAGUUUUAUGAGAAGACUCCCCCUCCUAGCAAAUUUUUGGGCAUAAAUUUCCUCAACGAUUUCUUGAGCUUCUUAAAAACCGAGCUGCAAGAUGCAAAAGCAAAUGAAGUGUACGAAUUUGAGUUUGACGCAUCGGACCCGGCUCGAGAAGGAAAAUUGAGUCUAUUUGAAUAUACCUCUGAAGUUCCUGCGUGGUUCGACUUCCGCAGUUUGUAAAUCAGAAAUUAUGAGAUGCUAAAUAAAAAAUUUCUGUCAUCUUCAAGAAAACCCUCUUGUUGUUGUUACAUCCGUAGAAAAAAUUAAUAAUCAUUCCGAAUUUCUGUCCAAUAAAAUAUUGAAAAUUUUACGUACCAUUUUUGGUUUAUUAAUUAAUGACACAUCUCAGAAUUAUCAUCAAAGUCGGUUUAUCUGACUUGCAAUUAGCGUAAUCGUGAUAUCUGGAGGCGUCAAAUGAUAUGAAAAUGGACAAUAUAAAGUAUGUGCUCAAUUUGCAUCAAGUCACUGUUUGGCAUUACUCUGAUUGGAGAAAAUGUCUUUAUCGAUACCGGACUGUAGAGAUUUCCACGAAACUUCCCAAUUGAAAAGACUGGAAUUUAUUGCAACGCCUCAAGACUGGCUGCAAACUAGGAAUAGCGGAGAAGUUUGCAAAGACGAGUCGAGUUUAAAGUUUUUGCAUCUACCGGAGUCAAAAGAUGUUCUUAUCAACCUUAAAAGAGAGCACCCUGAAGAUGAUUUUGAUGCUAGUGCAGAGGAUGAAGGACAAUCGAACUCUACGGUGGGCGCAAAUUUUCUAAAUCAGAACGAAAGGUACCAAGACGUCGAGUUUGUAUUUGAGAGUGAUUGGACACUUGCAGACUUGCUGAAGCUACCAUUUAAGAUUGAUUCAGAGUAAAUACAUAUUAAUACAUUUUUCAAUUGAAUCCAUUAACAGUUUCACGAAUGGUAUAAAGGAAAGAGUGGUUAAAAUACUUUUCCUUCCGCAUUUCCAAAUCGGAGGGGAAAUUUUUCAUCGUUCAGAGCUCAAUCGACGAAUUAAUCAUUCGACAUUCACCAGAACAAAAGGCAGAAAAAUUCGUGUUCAUGAACAACUUUCUAUCUACUUCGAGAGACGCUCAACCAGAUGGAAACAGCCCAAUUAAAAACCGAGAAUCACACACUUUUGUACUGUAUUAUAGCACUUUGGGUGAGCACAAAAUGUUAUACCCCGCAUUCGUGGAUGGAUUUGAUAAGGACGUUGACCUGGCAAACAUAAAAUGUGAAAACAUCGCGCACCUCAAAUACUUCCAAAGAGCAACGGAAAAAUAUGUUAGCUGGCAAACUUGGAGCAACUUUUGGAGUAAAAUCAUUGUUACACAAGGAAAACUGAUUGCUGGGUACUACGACAUUCGGUUGCAAGAUGGGUUAAUGAAAAGUUGGGAUUCGCUCGAUGCAGAACACAUAUACAGAAAUUUAGAGAGCUCGUGGGAAUUUCAUAUGAAAACUCGCCCACCAAAUAAAUAUUUGUGCUUGAACUUCCUUAACGAUUUCUUGUGCUAUUUGAAAACAGAAAUGCAAAAUGCUAACGAAAACGAGAUCUACGAAUUUGUAUUCGACUCAACAGACAUAUUUCGAGAGGGAAAACUGAGUAUUUUAGGGCUCACCUCUUGAGUGGCAGCAUAUUUUGAGUUCCGCCGUUAGUGCAACAAAUAUGAUGGGCAUUUCAAUUGAAAUAAACUGUCUACAGCUAACAACAAAA